AUGAGCGCCUCAUUGGCUGGACUGAAGGUUGGUAUGGAGUAUCUGCAGAAAGAUAAUGAAGAACUGGACUUGAUAAAACAACAAUACCAAGAGCAAGUGACAAAAGUAGGAAAUCUUGAGCAGCAGUACCAAGAGCAAGUGACAAAAGUAAGAAGUCUUGAGCAGCAGUACCAAGCUCAGCUAGGAGAACUGAUCAGCGUUAAAGCCAGGACAAACAACACUGAAAACCAAGUGGAGGUUCUGAAGAGAGAAAGAAAAGUGAAACAAGUGGCUUUCUCAGCUUCCUUGCUGGCAUCAGGUGGUGGAAACACUGGACCAUUUAACACACAGACACCUCUAGUCUUCAGACAUGUUGUUGCAAAUAUUGGAAAUGCCUACAACCCAAACACAGGUUUUUUCAUUGCCCCGGUGAGAGGAGCCUAUCACUUUGAGUUCCACAUACAUGGAGGUGGACAUGCAUCACAUCCUACAGGUGCUGUGCUGGUCAAGAACGGGGAUCCUAUUUUCAUUGCAUUUGAACAUCAGGCUUCUUACUCUGUUAACCCAUCUAAUGGAGCCACAUUGUUGUUAGAAACUGGAGAUGUUGUG